AGACCAUUUUCCACAAACCAUACAAAAACACAUCUUAUAAAAACAUAUAUACAAAACAUCACAAGUGUCUAAAUUGAGAAAAAAUGGCAGGACUAAUGGGAAAGAUUGGUGAUGCACUUCACAUUGGUGGCAACAAAGAUGGUGAAAAGAAGCACGAAGGCGAAUACAAGUCGGAUGACAAGAAACAUGAAAGUGAGUACAAGUCUGAUGUCAAGAAACAUGAAGGUGACCACAAACCCGAAAAGAAGGAAGGAAUAGUUGAUAAGAUUAAGGACAAGAUUCAUGGUGGUGAAGGAAGCAAAGAAGAAUGUGGUGAAGGUGAGAAGAAAAAGAAGAAGGAAAAGAAGAAGAAGAAAGAAGGUCAUGAGAAAAGCGGCGAUAGUAGCAGCAGUAGCGAUAGCGAUUAGAUAUUAAUAAUCGUUAUUGCCCUUGUGCAUCCUAUUUCAGAUUGAAUAGGGAUGGAGAGUGCUUUUCAUGAGUGUGUUUUUCUUUUGUUGAAAUAAAGUGUAAUAAAAAAGAAAAAAAAAGUUGCUGUUAUGGAUUUGUUUGUUUGUGAUCCUAUGGGUGUAAUUGCUACUAAUUGAUAGAAUGAAGUUUAAUAUUUUGUACA